GGCAGCGUGUUCCUGGAUAUGAUAACGUAAAUACGGUACGAAGGCGGGGCUCCAGACGUCAGUGGAUUAGGUACAGUACAGUAGGUACGGUAUGUCAGUACAGUGCGUAUAGCUGUCCUUGACACACAAUGGAAUACAUGUUAACUGUCGUCUUUGCGAUCAGCAUAUGUGCUGCUUUUGGUGAGACUGUUCGGCCGCUACCCCACGUUGCGGAUUAUGAAGUUGUGCGGCCGGUCAAAUUAAGCAGCAGAAGUAAACGGAGCGUGCCAAGACAGGGUGGCGAGGUGAAGCGGUAUCCGGAAAAACUUCAGUAUGAGCUACACUUUGAUGGGAGAAACCACACGGUUCAUCUGGAGAAAAACAGGCUCCUCAUCGGAAAGAAUUACACUGAAACAUACUAUAGGCAGGAUGGAACUCCUGUGAUCACAUUUCCAAAUUAUGAGUCACAGGAUCACUGUUAUUAUCAUGGACACAUCCGGGGCUUGGACGAUUCCUCAGUUAGUGUUGGAGUCUGUUCAGGAAUUAGUGGUUUCCUGCGGGCGAAGCAGCAGGUGUACCUGAUUGAGCCGCUGGGAGAAAGCACCGAAGGAGACCACGCUGUCUACAAGCCCGAGCACCAGAGCAGCAAAGAGGUGGCCAAUGGACUUGCCAACAGCACUGAGGCUGACAGCAGUGUUAUCCAGCCCAGGGCAGUAGGGGUGUUUCGGCCUAAUGGCCAGCAAAACAAGCCACGUUUCAAAACACCCCGGUAUGUGGAACUGUACUUGGUGGUUGACAAUACGGAGUUCCGUAAAUAUAAGACCAUGGAGAAUGUGCGAGCAAGGUUACAACAUGUAGCCAAUCACAUCAACUUGUAUUACCGCGCAGUGAAUAUUUCUGUGUUGCUGGUGGGCCUGGAAGUGUGGUCAGACAAGGACAAGUUCUUUGUCAGCAAUGAUGAGGGGAGAACCCUCGACAACUUCCUUGAAUGGCGCCAGAACGACCUCGUCAAAAGGGUCCCCCACGACAACGCGCAAUUUGUCACUGGCAUUGAUUUUGCCGGUGAAACUGUUGGCUUGGCAACCAAAUAUGCCAUGUGCUCUGAGAAAUCUGCUGGAGUUAAUCAGGAUCACCACGACAACCCUCUCGCCUUGGCCGGCACCAUCGCCCAUGAGAUGGGCCAUAACCUGGGCAUGUGGCACGACGAGCCCGGCUGCAGCUGUGGCCCCCUGGAGCCUAAAUGUCUGAUGUUGGAUACUGUUGAUAAGCACGCCCGGACAUAUCCGACGCUCUUCAGUGACUGUAGUCUGAACCAGCUGAGUGAGUUCCUGAACAGCCCCGCCCUCAGCUGUCUGUUGGACCGGCCCGGGCCAGACUCCCUCUACGGGGGGGCCGUCUGUGGGAACGGGAUGGUGGACACAGGAGAGGAGUGUGACUGCGGAUCUGUAAAGGAGUGUAAGAACCGCUGCUGUGACGCGUCCACGUGUCGUCUCACUGCAGGCGCCCAGUGUGCAGAGGGACGGUGCUGCGAGGACUGCCAGAUCAAGCAGCCUGGCAGUGUGUGCAGGGAGGCAGACCAUGACUGUGACCUUGCGGAAUAUUGCACCGGGGCCUCCGGAGUCUGCCCUGAAGACUCCUUCAAGAUGAAUGGAGCGGAGUGUAACUAUGGGGUCGGCUACUGCUACAAUGGCCAGUGCCCGAGCCCCGACGGACACUGCAAAAAACUGUGGGGUUCAGGAGCACGGUCACCUCCUGAAUGCUUUAAUUUGAACAUGAAAGGGGAGGAAGAUGGCCACUGUGGAAGAAGCGGUAGAGCCUACAAACGCUGCGCAUUUACAGAUAUGGUGUGCGGAAAACUCUUCUGCGAUGGGGGGCGCCAUCCGUUCGUGGGCCUGCCUGCGAUGUGGAAAGGGACCCAAUGCCACUUCGUGAGGGAUAGCACAGAUUAUGGGGGAUUUAGUAUGGUGCCCAACGGCACCAAGUGUGGUCUGAACAAGGUAUGCUACGAUCACAUGUGUCAGGGUGUAAAGGUGUACGGAAACCAAGAUUGCUCAGCAAAGUGCAACAAUCAUGGGGUGUGCAAUCACAAGGGAGAGUGCCACUGUGAUCCGGGGUGGGAGCCGCCCUACUGCAGCAGUAAACUGUACAAAACUACUGCAAGUGAUAUCAGUGUGGUCAUCAUUGGUGUGUGUGCGGCCGGCGCUGUGAUCCUACUGCUGGCUCUACUGGUGGGAGGCGUACGCCUCUGGAAGGGGGGGAAAGCACAACGCUGCUUCUGUAAAAAGAAACUUCACUCAGGGAAGUUGACCCCGUCUUACCAGAGAGACCAGGCAAGUGACAGCCAGCUCACUCAGCCCCUCCACAUCGGCCAGCCUGUCUUUCUGGAGACCACGUCCACACGGAUGGACGGCCCCACGGUGAUAAUGGUCAUGCCGUCCCGCCCUGCACCGUCGCCCCCAAAAGACUCCCCAAGACUGGGGCAUAAUGCACAGAUGAGGCCUGCCCCCCCACCAAAGCCCUCGCCUGCCGCCCCUGUUAAACUGGCUCAUAAGCCUACUCCACCUCCAGUGCCCCCAGUGAAGCCAUCUGCGUCGAAUUAUGCUCAUAAGCCCACUCCACCUCCAGUGCCCCGAGUGAAAACAACUGCGACGAAUGGAGGAUGGAAUCAGACACAGCAGUCAGGAACAGGAAAGCUGGCUUUGAGGCCUCCCACCAUGCCGAGAUGAUGACUCCGGGCGAGGUCACUGUGUGAGUCACCCAAUCAAAGUGAGCCAUCCUCAGAUUGAGAUUCCUGAGCCGUCCAUACUGUACUACAGCCAAACUGUACUGGUGCAAACCUUCUGAGUGCUCAGGAACCAAGCCUUCAGUGUCAAGUCCAUGUGUGAAGUCAGUGAUGCGGGAGGGAAUACCACUUGUUGUUGUUUUUUUUUUUUAAGUUGAGUAGUUUUUGAAAUAAUGAAUGUCAUCCCUAAAUGCACUUUUUCCAUUUUCUUACCAUCCUCUCUGUGUGUCACUUAUUAUUUAAUGUAAGUAUUUAAAUAUAAUGUAAUAUUUUAUAUAAUAUGAUGAAUUAUGAAUGUGACUGUUGAUUAAAAAAAAAGAACCAUGAA